UCAGAGAGAGAGAAGAUGAGGUUCAUCGGAGACUACAAGAUCGCGUCUCUCACCUUUUUUAUCAUCGCUCUCAGCAUCUACCUCGCGAUCUACGGGGGCAUCAACGUCGACCGUUGCAUCGCCGGAUUCCGCCGUUUCUUUGUCAAAUCGCCGGAUAUUACCACGGCGAACAGAUCUCACCGGCGAUCAUUCUCGCCGGAGGAUGGGUUUCCAGGUUUUUACAUGUCUAUCUCUGAAGACCCCGAUGAUCGAUCCUUCUCUCUCCAGUACGACUACUACAGAGAAUCUUGCCCUUCUGCUGAGAGAAUCAUCCGUAGAGCCGUCGGGGAACUCCAGAAUGCGAGACCCAGCGUUGCUCCGUCUCUGAUUCGUCUUCUCUUCCACGAUUGCUUCAUCGAGGGAUGUGAUGCAUCGAUCCUUCUAGACCCAGAUGAAAGUUUUGAUUCCGAGAAAGAUUCACCUCCGAACCAGUCUUUGAAAGGUUUCGAUGUCAUCGACACGAUCAAGGAGGAGUUAGAGGACGUGUGCCCUGGAAUCGUUUCCUGCUCGGAUCUUCUUGCGCUGGCCGCUAGAGAAUCUGUCCUUCUGAUGGGUGGGCCGUUUUAUCCGCUGUACACUGGCAGGAAAGACAGUCUGGUGGCAUUCGGGGAGAUGGCAACUUACGAUAUUCCUUCGCCACAAGCCGAUCUUUCUGAAAUUCUUGCGAAUUUCGCAUCAAGAGGGUUCGAUGCGAGAGAAACUGUCAGUCUCUUAGGAGCACACAGCAUUGGCAUCACUCACUGCCAAUUCUUCGAGAAUCGGCUCUACAACUUCUCAGGAACCGGAAAGCCAGAUCCUUCACUCGAUCCAGUGCUUCUACAAGAGCUGAAAACCAAAUGCCAGCCCGAAAACCCAUCACCGGCUCCGUUGCCAUCGCCUUACACGGCUUCAGCACCUUCCUACCCCAAGAACACGACGGAUCAAGAUCAAAUCAUCUCGAUGACGUUUGGGGAUGACAGUGCAGGUGGCAGCUUCGGAACCCGCUACUUCAGAAGGCUGCUUAGGAACAGAGGUCUGCUCUUUGCAGAUCAGCAGCUGACGGCGAGGGAAGAAACCGCGAUAUGGGUGAAGGCAUAUGCUUCGGCUCCGUUGUUGUUUAGACGUGAUUUCGCAAUCUCCAUGAUGAGGCUCUCGAACCUCCAUGUCUUGACUGGUCCUUUGGGUCAAGUGAGAAGAAACUGUUCAAAGGUUGCUCCUGUCUUUGCAUGAUGAUGAUGGGUGAAGGGGUAUGUUGCAACUCGUGAUCAUUAUGAGAUUUUGUAUUUGUUUGAUGCCUUAAGACGAACUUGUUGAAUGAUUUGAGUUCAAGGUUCAAUUUCUUCAUGUCAUGUUCCUUAA